AUGAGUCGUACCUCGUGGCUCGCCACGCCAUGGCGACGGCAGCUCCAUAGCUCUUCUCGUCGUGCUCAGCAGCCUCUUCGGUCCGUCGAGGUCGCCUCUCCAUCAUCCCGAGGGAACUUGGACAUUCGAGCUUUUCAGGAGAAAGCAUUCCUGCCUCAAAAGCCGUAUUUGUUUCCAAUUGAAGCCGGCUCACCGGCCUCUCGUCUACCCGCUUUCAGUAAAUGGUUCAACAGAUCCGCUUCCGUACACGACAGCCAUUCAACAUUGCCGUUCGCCUCAUAUCUGGUCCGAGAGCUUCAGGAAUGGCCUUUUCCAUACGAAUUGAUCAGGUCCCCAGGGCCGCAAGAUGUCGUCUCGCAGUUCCAACACGCGCUCAUGACCAGCUCAGAAGUGACUGAGCAAAUCAUGGCAGGCAUCCUGCAAUCAGAAGCGACCGACGGCCACGGCCAGAGCUUCUUUCAACUCUACGCGCCCUUCAGGCUUCUCAUCAAGGCCCUAGAGUUCAAUGCUGCCCGUGACUCAACUACAACACAUCCGUUGCACUUGUACAUUGCUCAGUCCUCUCUGCAUGAUUUGCCGGAGCCUCUCCAGGCCGAUUUGUCAACUCCAGAAAUCGUCCUGUGUGCUGGAAAAGGCGACAUUUACGCUUCGUCCAUCUGGCUAGGCACGGAGCCGACUUAUACACCACUGCACAGAGACCCAAAUCCGAACCUGUUUUGCCAACUGUACAGCCAGAAAGUUGUACGGCUCUUACCACCAACCUUUGGCGAUGAACUAUUCUUUGACAUCCAGCGCCAAAUACGGCAGCAUGGCAAUAGUCGUAUAAGGACAGCUGAUAUGAUGCAAGGUCAAGAAAGAAAGGCGCUGCAUCAAGCAGUUUGGAAAGCUGAAAAAUCACCCGAGAAACUGCAUCAAGUCGAGCUCCGCGCUGGCGACGCGCUCUUUAUUCCGGAGGGCUGGUGGCAUUCCGUCAAGAGCUUGGAGUCUGAUGGAGGACUUAACGGCUCUGUAAAUUGGUGGUUCAGAUAA